UGAGUGGAGAAACAGAGUCGCGACCAUCAAGAGCGGUGCCGUGGCCCGUGAGUGCGCAUUCCUCGGUGUCGGCGGCGUGAAGUUAGUGUGCGUGACCUCGAGCAGCGAAGCAACCCCCUCUUGGAAGGGUUGUAGUGACAGUGCGUGGGUGCGGCGUGUGGCCCUGAGGAAGGGCGUCAGGCCCAGUUGUGUGACAAACGGAAAAUCGACGCCGCCAAUUAGUGCUCGUCUCGGUGAAAGCAAGAAAGAGACGCAAGGAUACAAACCUGACUGGCUCGUCGCGAUUUUUUGGCACAAGCAUGCAGGUGGGAUGCAGUGACUGCGCCGUGAAGUGAGGACGAUAUGCCCCUCGGCCGGAGCAAAAACGCCGCUCCGUCGGCCGCCGAAGCCGAGCUGCUCGAGCAAAUUCGGCAGGCGGCCGUGCGGGGCGACUCGGACACCAUCGUCCGACUCGUCGGCGAAGGCGUCAAGCCCGAUGUGCCCGAUGAGGCUGGUCGGUCGGCAAUGCACCUGGCGUGUUCGGCAGGGCACGCAAACGUGGUCGCUAGUCUCCUUCUCAGCGGUGCCGACGUCAACAGGCCGGAUGGGAGUGGGUGUUCUCCGCUGCAAAGGGCGGCCGCCGAGGGCCACCUCGAGGUGGUGCGGCAGUUGCUGCGGCACGGCGCCGACGUCAACCACCAGGACUCGACGCAUGGGAACACGGCGUUGCACGAGGCGAGUUGGAAGGGCUUCUCGCGGUGCGUGACCGCCCUGUCGAAGGCCAAGGGCGCCGACCUGUCGAGGAAGAACCGCGGGGGCUUCGCGCCUCUGCACCUCAGCUGCCAGAAUGGACACAACCAGAGCUGCCGCGAACUCCUCCUUGCCAACUGCAGCCCAGACGUUCAGAACAACUAUGGAGACAGUCCACUGCACACGAGUGCUCGUUACGGGCAUGCCGGGGUGACGCGCAUCCUGAUCAGCGCAAAGAGCCGAGUGUCCGACCAGAACAAGAAUGGCGACACGGCGCUGCACAUCGCGGCCGCCAUGGGGCGCAGGAAGCUGACCAGGAUCCUGCUCGAGGCCGGCUGCGACAAGAGUCUCAAAAAUAAGCAAGGAGAAACGGCGCGGGACAUUGCGACGCGCAAGGACCUGAACGAGAUCCUGCAGAUUCUGAACAGUCCUGCGGCGGUGCUGGGAUCGAGCUCGGCGCCGGCAGAUAAAAUCAGAAGCAGCAGCCGCAAAAAGCCUGAGCGCAGGAGUGAGACUGGCAAAAAGCGCGAAAAGGCCGGCAGCGGCAACAGCAGCAAGGACUCCAGCUCCAGACACAAGGAAAGAAAGAAGGCGAAGAGCAGCAAGGUGACCUUCGACAAGCUGAAGAGCCCGAAAAAGUGGUCACCCUAUGGCUGCCACUACUACCCUGACUCGACGUCUUUUCCGCAGCCCAACCUCGACUCCCUGCCUGAGGAGCCGCUCAAAAGGGGCGAGCAGUACUUCCUCGACCUGGCCGGCAAUAUUUGCAAGGGUCCGAUCGGUGUGGGGUACACGUGUUACUGCGCACCCUUCUUCAAAAACAUGGAGGCGCGGCUGGACAAAGAUAAGCAGGAGCUGAAGGAGCACAUCGACGCUGCGCAUGCGCGUCUGGACGCGAAGGUGAGCAGCCUGGAGCGGAAGACGCAUGGAAAGAUGGAGGAACUGUCGAGGUGCGUGGCGGCCGAGCGGCUCGAGUGCCACGAACGCCACGUCCACCUCAAGCAUUGGCUGCACGGCGAGCUGGUGCGCGGUGGCGCCACCAGAGCCUCCGAGCGCAUCCCGUCCAACCGGCCGCGACUUGAGCGCAACAUGUCGCGCACGAGGAGCCUCGAAGACCUGCUCGAUCACCAGCAACAGAGGCCCCAGCUCAACCUUAAUGGUUCACACCAGGACCUCAGGUGGCCGCCCCAGUCGGAGUUCCGGCCGGUGGCGGAGGAAGAAGCAGACGAUGACGGGGCGAGCUCCGAGUCAAGCGAGGAAUUGGUGGAGACGGCGGCAGGACUGGGCAUGGGGCCCGAAGGCAAGAAAGGCCACGACUACGAGAACGUGGCGUUCAAGGAGCCGCACGAGUGGCGCGACUGGGACGAACGCGCCGAGAUGCUGGACGCGCGGCUCGCGUCGCUCGGAAUGCGCUGCCGCACCGGCGUUUACCACAGCAACGGCGCCUCCCCGGCCACCGAUACAACCGGCGAGACGCCAAACGAGUCUGGAUACAGCAGCAAACUGUCCAAAGGACCCUCGCCGGACAUCGUGGACGGUACAGGCCAAGUGGUCAACGGUGGUGGUGCGAGUCAGCUGGGCGGCUUUUACACGUCGAGGGUGGCGGCGCUGAUUGGUCGACAGGAGGCGCAGCUGCAGAAACCGGUAGUGCGGCGCUCAGCGGCCAGUCUCGUCUGAAUAUUCCACGACUUGUGACCAAAAAUACUCAACAAACGAACGAACAAUCGAACAAUUUCUGUACAAUUUGUGCGCGUGUGAAUUUUGUAAUUAUUUAACCAGAGAUUAAAUUUAUAUAAACAAUUUUUAUUUAAUGCGAA